CACAGUCUGGUAUGCAGGCUGCAUUUGGUUCUGGAUAUGCCAUCACGGAGUUGCACUUCAAGCUGUACAAGUCACUGAGAUUACUUACAGGUUUCUAAGCAAGAGCUCAACCAAAUUGUCAUAUGAAGAUCUACUGGGCAGAAUGAUGGGACAAUCUAGAACUGUGGCCAACAUGCAGCCUAAAACCUUUACCAGCCAACACAUUUCCAAAGUGGCUGUUAUGUGUUGCUGGGCAUCAAACUAGGUUCUGGAAACAGCAUUGUAACACAGGAUUCUCCCUUAAGGCAUUCCUCUAAUGGAGAUAACAAAGAUAGGCUUUUGUGUAGCAAAAGACCACCUGCACCUAUGGACAUAAAGGAAGACUAACCCACCUACCUGAGAAGGGAUGUGCCGGGGGAGAGGAGAUGGUGCUGUUGGGUGUAUGCAGAAGCGUGGCAGGCAGAGUGAGACAAGCCCAGAGGCAAGGAUCAGCAGCUGCUGCCACUGGCUUCCAGAAGAGAAAAGCAAAGAAGGACGGCUCACCUGAAGUGCGGCUGGCCCCAUGUGCUCAGGGUUCUGCAGUGCACAGUUUGGCCAAUGGGGAGAAUGGGAAUUAAAUAGCCCUAAACAGAUCAAUGUGAGAUGAUUUUUCGACCUGACUGAGAUGCUGCAACCAAGUUGAAUGACCCUGGGGUUGGCACUCAGAUAGCAGUGGACACCCUGGAAUAUACACAGUGUAUUUUUGCUUUCCUUUAAAUGGUCUUUGUGAUUGGCAGUUUUUUGACGGUGUGUCAUAAGCAUUCUUCUUGUUGGAUUUUAUCGUACCAUGAAGGGCGUACCUCACUUUCAUGGAUGGUGUGUGUCCUUUGCAUGGAUUGAAAUGAGACAAGAAUGGCCACCAUAAAGCUGCCUCAGCAGAAGCCACAACAGACCCUCCUGUCAGCUAUGCAUCUCAUUUCCUAGACUUACCUCUGGCACUGUGGUGAUGCUGUAAGCCUUGCAUCCUGGAAUUGACUGAAUUCUAAUUAACAGAACUCUUUUUUUUAAAGAACAUUGACAUUGAACCCUUACAUCUUAAUACUGGGCCAGGUACAACUCCUCCAUGGUUAUUAGUGAUGCUUGAGCUGCCAGGUAGCAACAGAAGAUGGACUAGCAUCAGUUUAACUCUGUUUUAAGCUUAAAGGCCCAUGCAGGCUCACUGACACACAACUCCAGCUGCCCAGUGUGAAUGCAGUAGGGACUUUGCAGAUCGGCAGGCUUGUGGCAUCUCUCAACCUGCUGAAUGUCCUGUGGCUGGCCUUUGUCUUGCUUUGCACAAAUAGAGGUCUGGCAUAUUUUACCAUCAUAGAUGCAUUCUCCCAGGGUAAUGCGCUAGCCACGGAACUGACAGGCCUUUUCUCUGACUGUCUAAACUUGUGAAUAUGCUUCCUGAGAUUAGGAGGCAAGAACUAGGCCUCUUUGUCUGACCUACUGUGCUCCUUAAGCGUUCUCUUCCCCUCCUAAGGCUGGGCCAGCAUCACCUGCCUCUACCAGCUGCCCUUGACUGACUGAAGAUCUGGUGUGGCAUAAGUUUCCAAGUUUCUCCUCGGUCUGGAUGCGCUGUUUCCUCAUGGGAACUGAGUGUGGGUGGCCUGCCACACUGGAACUCAUUGACAUGGAUGGUCCCGUGUGCUAGUGAGUAGCAGACAGGGCUAUAGCACAGGACCCCGGUGCUUUCCGCCUACGUAGACUGCUUUUUCUGUAUUAGGAAGCUCAAAGAGCAAAUGAAGAUCCUUCUCUCGAAACCCUGGUUGUUUGUGUCAGCUGGCAGGAAUGGAAAGUAACCCUGCAGAGAAGAGAGAAUGGAAGCCAAAGUGGAGCAGUGAGAGACAGAUCCAAGGGGAUGGGAUGAGUCAGUUUCCUUAGCAGGUCCGCACAGACUCACUAGACAGCGUUUUAUUUCUAAAGAAGAUUAACACAUGCUGGCAAGACCACUGCAGACAAAUGAUCAUGAUCAGAAGCAUCUUCCUGUUUCUGGAUCGCACCUAUGUCCUCCAGAACUCCAUGCUGCCUUCUAUCUGGGACAUGGGCCUAGAGCUGUUCAGGAACCACAUCAUCAGCGACAGAAUGGUGCAGAGUAAGACCAUUGAUGGGAUCCUGCUGCUCAUUGGGCGUGAGAGAAGCGGUGAGGCCGUGGACAGGAGCCUGCUCCGGAGUCUGCUGAGCAUGCUCUCAGAUCUCCAGGUAUAUAAAGACUCGUUUGAACUGAAGUUCUUGGAAGAGACUAACUGUCUGUAUGCUGCAGAAGGCCAGAGGCUGAUGCAAGACAGGGAGGUUCCAGAAUAUCUUAACCAUGUGAGUAAGCGUCUAGAAGAGGAAGCAGACCGAGUGAUCACUUACUUAGACCACAGCACACAGAAACCCUUGAUUGCCUGUGUGGAGAAACAACUAUUAGGAGAACAUUUGACUGCAAUUCUGCAGAAAGGGCUCGACCACCUGCUGGAUGAGAACAGGGUUCCUGACCUCACCCAGAUGUACCAGCUGUUCAGCCGGGUGAAAGGGGGUCAGCACGCUCUGCUGCAGCACUGGAGCGAGUACAUCAAGACCUUCGGGACAACCAUUGUCAUCAAUCCUGAGAAAGAUAAAGACAUGGUUCAAGACCUGCUGGACUUUAAGGACAAAGUAGACCAUGUGGUGGAAGUGUGCUUCCAGAGGAAUGAGCGCUUUAUCAACCUGAUGAAGGAAUCCUUUGAGACGUUCAUCAACAAGAGACCAAACAAGCCUGCAGAACUCAUUGCCAAACAUGUUGAUUCAAAGUUACGAGCAGGCAACAAAGAAGCAACAGACGAAGAGCUGGAGAGGAUCCUGGACAAGAUCAUGAUCCUGUUCCGUUUCAUCCAUGGUAAAGAUGUCUUUGAAGCAUUUUAUAAGAAAGAUUUAGCAAAAAGGCUGCUGGUGGGCAAGAGCGCAUCGGUGGAUGCAGAGAAGUCCAUGCUGUCUAAGCUCAAGCACGAGUGUGGAGCUGCCUUCACCAGCAAGCUGGAGGGCAUGUUCAAGGACAUGGAGCUGUCCAAAGACAUCAUGGUCCACUUCAAGCAACAUAUGCAGAACCAAAGUGCACCAGGCCCCAUUGACCUCACGGUGAACAUCCUCACCAUGGGCUACUGGCCCACAUACACACCCAUGGAAGUGCACCUCCCUCCAGAGAUGGUCAGACUUCAGGAAGUAUUCAAGACGUUCUAUCUGGGCAAGCACAGUGGCCGGAAGCUCCAGUGGCAGACAACUCUGGGACAUGCUGUGUUGAAGGCGGAGUUUAAGGAGGGGAAGAAGGAGUUUCAGGUGUCCCUCUUCCAGACAUUGGUGCUGCUCAUGUUCAACGAAGGGGACGGAUUCAGCUUUGAAGAAAUAAAAAUGGCCACCGGCAUAGAGGACAGUGAGCUGAGAAGAACACUGCAGUCUCUGGCCUGUGGGAAAGCGCGGGUGCUGAUUAAAAGUCCCAAAGGAAAGGAGGUGGAAGAUGGAGAUAAGUUCAUUUUCAAUGGAGACUUCAAACACAAGUUGUUCAGAAUAAAGAUCAAUCAGAUCCAGAUGAAGGAAACUGUUGAAGAACAAGUUAGCACCACAGAGAGAGUAUUCCAGGACAGACAGUACCAGAUCGACGCUGCCAUCGUCAGGAUAAUGAAAAUGAGGAAAACUCUUGGUCAUAACCUUCUAGUUUCUGAAUUGUACAAUCAGCUAAAAUUUCCAGUAAAGCCUGGAGAUUUGAAAAAGAGGAUUGAAUCACUUAUAGACAGAGACUAUAUGGAGCGAGACAAAGACAGUCCAAAUCAGUACCACUAUGUGGCAUGAUGUGUCAGCAGACUGCCUUCUCCCCAUGAGACAAACACUAAGAUGCACCUGCAGAGCGUGAACACUACUGCUGCGCUGUUUCCAGGUCCCUGCAGCUGCAGCUGUGGACACUUGGAUUCAAAGCAGAGGACAUGGUGGUUCUUGGAUCAUCCUUCCCAGGGCGCAAGGACUUUGAGAUGUCACACUUCUUUCCUCUCCGUUCUUCCUCUCCUUUGUUUCUGUCCCUCCUGACUUUAGAUUGGACAUGCCGAUAUUAGUUGAGAAGUUCCUUUACAAGCUCUUGUUCCUCUGGCAGAAAGCCACGGGCUUGGUUUGUUGUGUGUGUGGUUGUGGGACACAGUGGAAAUACCCUAGAUGCUGCGUUCUUCCCCAGAUGAACACUCAGAGGGGAGCCCUGGGUUGGUGGGCACUGGGAAGAAACAGUGUCCAGACUGCCUGCACUCAGCUCUGCAGCCUAAACCCUGGCCUCUGCUCUGUGUGUUUUCAAAACUGGCUUCUGUAAAUCAGGUUUCUAAGAGAGGUCCCUGAUGUGCCAAGAGGACAUCAUGUCUGUCACUCGAGAUGCAGAGCCCGUCCAGAGGGCUACUUGUCAUUUCUGUUUAGCGGCUUGGGGGUUUCGUGUUUGUUUCCAUGCUGACUGAGUGUGGAGGUCCCGGCUUUGGCACUGGGGUGAUCGCUGUUUGAUUGUUGAAGCUGCAGUUUGUGUGGUGACCAUAAUAAAGCUGGGCCUGGUUUUAGAGUCUUGCCUAGGGGACUGUCUUGGAUCUUUGCCCUGGUGCUGUAUGAAGCUUAGUUAUUUCUGUCAAAAGGCUAAGGAUUUGUUGGUGCCUGGACGUUCUAUGUGUUCACAUAGGAGGCUGAGCAGUGAGAACAGGGCUUCCAUGGUGGUGUUGCCAUGGUAAUGAUGACAGACAUUUUUGCAACAUCUAAAAGUACUUUAUAUUUUACAGAGUAGCAUGUUUCAUUUUGAUUAAAAGCUACCAAAGGAAUUUUGAUCAUGUAUAAGUGUUUAAAGCAAUAUUUUCUGGAAUAUACCAAGUUUAUAUAACUCGAUUUUAUGCUAAAUUAUUAAAGGAUUCUCCCUUUUUGAAACAUGCAUGUUUAAAAUCUGACAUCUUUUGGGUUCCCAUAUUAAAAUCCUUACUCUUUAAGUAUCAUUUCUAUAUUUGUAAAUUUUCAUUUAUGAGUUCCAUGAUAUGUGGUCUCAGAAAGACCAAAUAGAUUUCUAUUUCUACUUCUUAUAUUUUAAGUUCAUUGUGUCUACAGAUUGUUAAUAUUGUAAUUUAAUGUAGACUUACUUUGAAUAAAACUAGUUAAAUUGGCCUUUAAA